AUGUCUCAAGUUAAAUCGCCAAAGAAGCGGAAACGAACUCAAAUAGAAAAAACUAUAACAAGCCGUCCUACAAACAAUAGUAAGGGAAACGCAACCAAUGAGGAGAGUUCAAUUACAUUCUCCUCCUCUCUAAACAAUCAAAAACCAAGUCACAUUGUCACUCCACAAAAGACCGGACGUAAAUACACAGUCAGUGUAGCGUUCCCCGGCUCAAUAAUAGAGAAUGCACAGUCCGCCGAGCUGAAAACUUAUUUAGCCGGACAAAUAGCACGUGCUUUAGCUAUAUUUAACGUAGACGAAGUUGUUAUAUUUAAUGAGUCGAAACGUGAUGAUUCUCUUUCCACCACCGGCAAAAUUGGAAAAAAUAGAAAGAAAGGAGGCGAAGAGGAUAAUAAUGUGUCGAAUGAUCCUAAUAUCUUUUUGGCUAGGGUAUUGCAGUAUCUGGAGACACCUCACUCACACCACUUUCGGCAAGAAGAGAAAAGUCCAUAUCGCGAAGGUGUAGUAAUAGAGAAACUGCCUAAAGAUGGUCAAGGUUCUUUAGUUGAUGCUGGCCUUACAAAACAUGUGAAAAUUGAUCGUUCGUUAAAACCAGGAAUUCAGGUUACUCUAGAUAUGGGAAACUAUGAUGUCAACAAAGCUCAUAAUAAUUAUAUUCAAGCCAAGGUCGUCUCACCAAAGACACCGCGUGAAGAAUCGGGAUUAUAUUGGGGCUAUCAAAUUCGAUUGGCUGACUCUAUAUCAAAGGUUUUCACAGAGUGUACAUAUCCGGAUGGAUAUGAUGUAACUAUUGGAACAUCUGAACGUGGAAAUCCAAUUGAUCAGGCUUUAGAACAAAUACCUGAAUUCAGUAUAGGCGGCAAAUAUGCAUUUACUUCACAAAAAUCACAAAUAAUUUUGUUGCAUACAACAAACUUUUAUCAAGAUAGACAUCUGCUAGUUGUCUUUGGUGGUUUGGGUGGUCUCGAGGUGGCAAUUGACUCUGAUCAAGAUCUAACGUGUACUGGUGAAGAAGCGGAUGCUCUUUUUGAUCUAUGGGUUAACACAUGUCCAAAUCAAGGAAGUCGAACAAUACGAACUGAGGAAGCUAUAUUGAUUAGUAUGGCAUGUUUGCGACAGACUAUUACUGAAAAGGGAAAAAAAUCGAUUUAA